AUGGAUGUGGAAAGCAGAAGAGGAACGCUGGAAGCGCAGAAGAUGUCGUCCAAAAGAUCGGACAAGUGGGUGGAGACGCAAAGAGAAACCCUCUAUGGUAGACCGGUCUCGUCUCCGCUGCUGCUGUUGCUGCUGACUGUCAUCAUCGGCAUCGUUGUUGGAGGAAACAGACGACGCGCAGUUGUGGACAUGUCGUCGUUCAGAAGCCACGUUUACCUUCCUUUUGUCCUUUUCUGCACAGUGGUUCCGCUCACACAACAGGUAAGCGUAUUUUUGUGUGGAACCUGUUUGUUAAACUAUUUUUGGCUUCAACGAGCCUUCAGAUGUGUUGUCUGUUUUCUGUCUUCUGUUUUGUUUUGUUUUUUCUCAGUUUGGCAAGCACGAAAUUACAAUUUGUAGUAGAAACGAGGAAGUUCCUAGUGUGCGGAUGCCCGCACUCCUAACCUUGCACACUAUUUUCCACCACCCUAACACACUGCCAGACCGCUUGCUGGGUCUCCGGCGCCUCUCUGGCACUAGCACAUAAGCCCGCCACGACCUAGGGGUCUUCAGCGAUCUCGUGGUGUAGUGGUUAUCACAUCUGUCUAACACACAGAAGGCCGGCGGUUCGAGCCCGCCCGAGAUCAAACCAUUUUGCCUUUUUUCAGGUGCUCAAUGAACACAAUCAGAAACUUGAAUGGAUUGUUGGCAAGUGGAGAUCAGAAUUUUCCGGAAAGGUAGCAAAUCUGAAUUCGAUGGAUAUGUGAGACCAAACACGUUUGUUCACAGAUAUUCUGGCCGACAGUUCCCACAAUGACAUUCGGCGAGGAAUUGGUAAUCAAUGAGGCGCCGAUUGCCAAGUCUGCCAACGUACAAUUCUUGAAUUUCUCGUAAGUUUUCUUUCGGUUUGGUCGACCUUCAGAUUAUUCAACUUUCAAGUAGCAUUUGUAACACUAAAAAGAAAGUGAAAGUUUCCCCACUUUUCUCUCAUUUUCUCCCUCCAAAACUUCCUUAUUUGUCCGAUGCUAUCAGUGACAGAUAGUUUCAUUAGUGUUUUUUCUUCCUCAAAGCAACGGAAGGAAAAUGUUGAAAGAGAACGUGUUUCGCGCGGGAUCAGAUUGGGAUUUACGAUCACUUAUCAGAUUUCUGACCCAAACUAAUCGGAUGUUUGAUCCCAAAACUUUUUUUUUGCAGAGCCCGCGCGUGGUCUCACUCCACAAAAGACCAUUUCCAUGACGAAUGGGGAUUCUUGACGGUGGACCCAGCCGGAAACGCAACCCUCAUGACCACCGGAAACAAUGGUAGUUACUCUAUCUGCAUGAUCUGAAAUUGAAAUUCAAUCGAAAUUCUAGGAUUCACGACGUAUGAGGUUGGCACUGUCUCGCCGAACAAACUGGUUCUCACGUUGAAGGAUAUCGGCCGCAUCUCUUUCUCUCGGGAUUUGCCCGUCGAGGACGUGAGUGUUCUGCACUACUGUUCGCCCGUCGGAAACGACACUUUUUGCAGUUGAGAAGGACAUUCAUCCGCCAUGACGAUCGUUACAUGGAGCAGGUUAUCGAGAUGAGGACGGCGACUCAUCCGAAAGUCGGCUACCUCGAACACACGCGAGUAGUGUACACCAAACUCAAGUGA